CUCCUCCUUCCUCCGCCCACCGCGCCGUCCCAAUGUCCAAGAGCUGGUUCGACCACGCCUUCGGCUCGCGCGCAGACGCAGAGCUCCUCCUCCGCCCAGACCUCGAGUCCGGUCUCCUCUCCCAGCAUGACUACGCCCUCGCAGUCGACUUCCUCCCCGGUCCCGUCCGCUACCUCCCCUACCUCCACACUGCCGCCUGGGGCGCCCUCGCCGGUCUUGCUGUCUGGCGGUUCAAGCCCAAAGUCCGCUUUUCGCCCACCAUAGUCGCCAUCUCCGCCUCUACAGGCUACGGCGCCGGACUCGUCCACUACAUCCGCGAGCACAAACGCUUCGCCCGCCAGCUCGAUGACCGGGAAGCCUUCCUGGUUGCCCUCGAUAAUGUCAACAGACGCCUCGGCAAUGCCGCCCCCCUCUUCCCACAGGUCGACAGGGAUCGGAUCAUGGACAGGAUCAAGAAGCAGAGGGAGCAGAACGGCGAGAUCCUAGACGGCGGUAUAGAAAUUGUAUCCGACUUCGGCGACUCCGCGGAUAGUACAGCCUCGACGGGCACGCCGUCGUCUUCAAAUGCGUCCCAGGAACCCGCCGUCCGUCAGAAAAGUACAUGGGACGCUAUUAGGGAAGCCAACGCGCGGAACAACGGCAGGCGCUCUUCGUGGGAUGAGCUGCGCCAGCGUCACGAACGCCAGCGUACCGCCGGACGUGUCCAACAGAACGAGUCUGCCGAGGACGAGGACCCCCGUGCCCAGGCGCAGGCAGAGUUUGAUGCCAUCCUGGAGGCCGAGAGAAAGGUAGCGCAAGCCUCGUGAGCCAGGACACGAUCUUCGGAUUUAACUGUCAUCUCGCUGGCUCGUGUGCUGGGCGGUGUGUAAGAUAUGACGUUUAAACAUAGGAUUGGAAGUGGAGGAAUGCUCAAGCAGACCAUGCUGCAGUGCUAUUUACCCACACAUUCAUGCAAGGAGAGAGUACGCUUACAUGCCAGCGUGUUCCCC